AUGUCCAAGACUGUCAAGGUUGCCGCCAUCCAAGCCGAGCCCGUCUGGCAGGACCUGCAGGGUGGAGUGGACAAGUCCAUCCGCCUUAUCCAAGACGCCGCUAGCAACGGUGCUAACGUGAUUGGCUUCCCCGAAGUGUUCAUUUCCGGUUACCCGUGGAGCAUUUGGGCCAACUCUCCUGUUGACAAUACCCCAUGGAUCAACGAAUACUUCAAGAACUCCAUGGAGAAAGAAUCCCCAGAGAUGAAUCAAAUUCGAGCCGCUCUUCGUGAGGCUGGUGUUUUCGUUCUGUUGGGAUAUAGUGAGAGAUACAAGGGAACUCUUUACAUUGCCCAGUCUUACAUUGAUGAAACCGGUACGAUCGUUCUCCACCGUCGGAAGAUUAAGCCAAUCCAUGUUGAGCGUGCCAUCUACGGCGACGGACAAGGUGAAUCCUUGGACAACGUAGUUCAAACCAAGUUCGGAAAGGUUGCCGGUCUCAACUGCUGGGAACACACUCAACCCCUCCUCCGCUAUUACGAAUACUCCCAAGACGUCGACAUCCACGUCUCCAGCUGGCCCUCCCUCUUCCCAUCUAUCGGUGAAGACUGGCCCCAUCAUAUCACGCCCGAAUGCUGCAAGGCCUUCUCCCACAUCGUGUCCAUGGAAGGCGCCUGCUUCGUCAUCUUAUCCAGUCAGAUUCUCACUGAGGAGAACAUUGAGAAAGCUAACCUCAAGGACUUUGACUACACCAAGAACGGCGGCGGUGGAUUCACUAUGAUCUUCUCGCCUUUUGGUAAGGAACUCGUGAAGCCGUUGGAUCCGGGUGCUGAGGGUAUCUUGUAUGCGGAUGUUGACUUGGGUGAGAAGUGCAAGGCUAAGCAGAACUUGGAUAUCGUGGGACAUUAUGCGCGACCUGAUCAGCUGAGUCUCAGGGUUAACCGUCAUCCUGCCAAGCCUGUGUUCUUUGCCAAUGAUCUUUGA